AUGGAGUUGCAGAACGCGGUAAAGGAGGCGUUGAACGCUCUCUAUCACCACCCCGAUGACUCCGUCCGCAUCCGGGCUGAUCGUUGGCUCCAGGAUUUUCAGCGGACUAUUGACGCCUGGCAGGUUGGCUGCUCUCAGAUCCAAAGAUUCUCUCCACCUCCCUCUCUAAUUUGUCCUCUUUAUCCUCGUAUCUCCUUUCUACUUCUUUUUUGCACAUCUGAUUAUUUAUCCAGUUCUUUGCCGAUACGAUAUAUGCAUAAUUUACCCAAAGCGGGAAUUACUCAAUCAAUGGUGGACUCUUGGGGUCUUAUGUUUGUUGGGAAUCAUCGAGAAGGUGAGAUAGAUUUAGUGCGAAUAAUGAGUGCGGCCUGCACUAUUCUUGGUGAUUGUACAUUGAGUGGGUACGUUGGCGAUGAUAUGUAAACAACUUAUGGGCACGUCCAAGGGUCUCCAAAUUCGUUUGAUUUGGGCAAAUUCGAAUGUAUAAUAGCCAUUUUUAUAUUUCUCUCUCAGUUUUGGUCAAAUGAACUACAUUGGAAAAAUUUAUGAUUUUUUUUUCCUAGCUCUUUUCAUAAGGUGGCGUGCAAAGGCCAGUAAUUAUAAUUUUGAGUGCAUGAACUUCGAAGCAAGUUUAUUUUUGGACAGUGGGAAUGUGUUGACGAGAGUUAUUCUGCUUAACUAUUCCCUGGUCUUUCUCAUUCUACCAGUGCUUCGCUAGUCUCUUCUCAUCUGGAGCUUUCAGAUUUCUCAUAAUCUCUCCGCCAUAUGAAUUCAAAGUAAACAUUGGGCUCCACUUCUUUCGUAAGCUGGCACUUUUAAUUUAAUUUGUUUGUUCAGGUUGCUGAUAAUUUACUCCAUGAUCCAAGCAGCAAUAUGGAAUCUCUCAUUUUUUGUUCUCAGACCCUGAGGAGCAAGGUGAUAUAUGUUAACUUGUGAAUGUAGCGUCUACUUUCAAGCUUUCUAUCUGUCUAGAUGUUUGAAUUUGAUGUCUGUGUGAUUUUUAGGUACAACGAGACUUUGAAGAGCUACCUUCUGAAGCUUUCAGGCUAUUACAGGAGUCCUUGUAUGUGAGUACUUUCAUCAUAACUAGACCAUCUUCUCUAUGUGGGAGAACUAAAUACUUUUUUAUUAACAAUCAGGGCAUGCUUUCUAAUUACAUUUAGCAGAGUGAUUUGAUUUACAUUGAUAUUUUUCGUUAGUGGGCCUCUCUAAACUUAUAGGUGUCCAUUCUCUGACUUACAACCUUUCGUUGUGCCGCUUAAAAGUUGUUGAAAUUAAUAGGUCUUCAAACUUUGCCCUGUGUUCAUUUCUAUGCCACGGUUGCUAAACUCUUUUUGUUGGCCAUGUUAUGCUUCCAUAAUGUAAUCUGAAUAUCUCAAUAGUAAUAAUCUUUACUUCUUCAACUGAGGUAAGAAUUUACUUUUGUGACGUAUUUCUUGCGAUUUUUCAAUCACUCUGUCUCCUUUUACAUGAGGCAUAUUUAUUGAAAGUGAGGAAAAUUCUACAGCUUAUAUUCGCUCUUUGAUAUUAAGAUUUAUGGUGAAUCAUCUUCUUUCAUCUCAUGUUGAGCUGGUUUGGAUUCAUUUCACUUUUUAAAUACAACUUGAAAAACUUAUAUUGCUUGGCUCAAAGUUGAACAGAAAAUGUCUUAUCUCUUGAAUCUUAAUUUCCUUUGGAUAGUGGUAUCAACACACUGACACAGGUUUUAUGAAAAACCUGGAAAUUUUGAGAUUUUAGGAAAAACUGUGCGUUAAUUGAGGGUGUCAGUGAUGCCACGCAGAUGAUUGGAUCCGGGCUUAGUCACGAAAAGAGAUUCAUCUUAUUGUGCACAUGGUUCAAUAAAGGACUCGAAGAAGGAAACACAAGGACUCCAUCUCCUCAUUAAUUGAUGUACCUUAGUUAUUGCAUUGAUAUUACGUGAUGAGAUUUUAGUAGUUUUCAUUCAUAUUGUCUCAUUUAGCAAUGCAUCUUAGUUUGGAUGUGUUUAUUGUAUUAGAUUAACUAUUAUGAGUUUGUUGAAUGCAGAAACUGCUCAAAAAGUUCUCUAAGGGACCUCCUAAAGUCAGAACACAGGUUCUUGAACUAACAAUUUAUAUACAAGAAUCUUUUUGGACGCUUUUUGUCAUAUAACUAAGGCAAAUAAAAUGUUUCUUUCAGAUCAGCAUCGCCAUUUCUGCUCUUGCUGUACAUGUCUCUAAAGAAGACUGGGGAAAUAAUGGGAUCAUCAAUUGGAUAAAACAAGAAAUGAAUACGUUUCCUGAACAUAUUGCCAGUUUUCUGGAACUACUCACCGUAUUGCCGCAGGUACUGCUGAAUAAGUUACAUCCAUUUCCUCUCCUUCUUGGUUUUAUCAUUUUUUGUUGCCUUUCUCACUUUUCUUGUUGACAAGUAUUUGAUUUUCUUCACCGGGUUGAGAUAUGGGAGAGAAUUAAAAAAGAAGAGGCUAGUUCAAUUGUCUACAUACAAAGCUUCUGAGACAAGUUUUAAACGUGGCAAUUUGUUACCAUGUUGAUAACCAAACUUGCUCAGGCUGGGAACUACUCAUUUUCACGUGCUCAAGGGAUGUUGAGGUGUCAGGUUAGAAAACGACUGCACUGUAGGACGCUGCAGCAUUUAAUAAUCACUGUAGUAAAGGACUUCACAUGCCAUCCACUGUAUGGCAGCAUGAUCACAGUUGUAUUCUCAGCAUUCAAUACAAGUGGGAUGUCAAGGAUUUGACGAUAUGAAUGUACACAGAAAUAAACAAUCAACCAGUAAAUUCCAUGGAAUUCAAUCAGCUGGCCAGAAAAUUUUACGGUUUGAGAUGUGCUAAAAUGAAGAAUUAAGGACCUUAAUCAUAAGACAGCCCCACUUAUCGUAAUUAAGGAGAGACCGCGCUAUGUUAAUUAGGAUUUGAGUUUUUGGUGGAUGACAAGCUGACAUCCUUGACAUCUGAUUUUGAGGACAAGUUCAUGGGGAUAAGUUGUUAGGGGACAGCAAAGUGAGGCUUAGUUUUAAGUAUAUAUAUUUUAUGGUAUGAUUAGCACAUUAUCAUUCAUAAGUUCUACAAAGAAACGUUAAAGAAAGAGAGAUUUUAACUUUUUUCAUGGUAGUAAUAUUGUUGUAGAAAAGAUAGGAUAAAGUUAGAAAGAAAAUAAUGUAAUUGUAAAAGUAGAAAGUCAUUUGGUAACGACUGUAUUUUGAUAUAAAUAUUUAACACGAACUAAUUAUGCAUUAGAUAUAUACUUAUGUAUAUCGUAUGUAAUACACUCAUGUGAUUGCAUGGGAGAUGAUGGUCUGUGUGCAGAUUGACAUCUGUGCAUUUUUGCUAACGCAAAUGGCAGAUCUCCUAGAUAGCUGAGGCACCUUAGACGUCUGGGGUACUUCCCAAGGCAUCACCUCAAGUACUAGGGUAGUAGCUGCUCAUAUUCUUCAACUUCACUUUCUUAAAUAUAUUUUUUCUACAUUUUAGAUUCCCAAUUUUAUGCUCUGAAUACCACGUCUGCUAAACUUAUUUGAUGUAUGUAGAAACACUAUAAACUUUUCAACUUGUCCUUCCAAAAAUUUCACUUGAAAAUAUGCCAAAAUUGCUUGGAAAUUUUCAGCAUGUGUGGUUAUUUUCCAAAUGAGAGAUAGCUUUCAUCCUUCACCGGAUUUGACGCAUUCAACAUUAUGAUUUAUGCCAAUAUGAGUUGUCUUUCCUAAUUGCAUCAAUCAUUAUCAUCUUCCAUGUUCAGUAACUUCCUUCAUUACUACCUUUUCUAUAUUGAGCUGACAUUGUUCCAGUAGUAAGUAAAAAAAGGAGAAUAAGAAAUUUCCUAGUCUCAAUCCCAUAACGACAAGGUUCUUCAUUGGUAAGAAUAUAAAACAUAGCUGUUGAAUGCACCUCAUCACCCUUUUUUUACAUUGUUCUUUGAGCUCUAAAUAUGAGUUCUAUUCACGCAACUGUGUCUAAUUCGAUAUCAUAUGCUUUUAUACACUCACGUACAUUAUCUUAUGAAGCAAUUAUGAAUAUGGGAUCUUAGGACACUUUUUUACUGCAAACAGGAAGCCUUCAGCCAUAAGAUCGCAGCUCGUCCUGAGAGACGUCGCCAAUUUGAGAAAGAACUCAUCUCAUCUGUGGAAAUCGCUCUUAAUCUUUUGGCAGCGUGUGUGAGGUUUGAAGAACUGAAAGAACAGGUAAUUUUUACUCCAAGUUCUUAAGAAUAUUAUUGGUCAGGGGGUAUUGCUUGGCUUCUGUCAUUGUCAAGUCAUUAAACUUUGGGAACUAAUUUACAUUGUUCUAUUUUUCUAAAAUAGUGCAUGUAACAGAACAAAUUAUAGGAGACAAAAGUAUCUUUUUAAAUCUGUCCAGUCAUUCCCUGGUCUGGGCUUGUAACAGUAUAUAUCCAGGGCAGCCUGCUUGAUAAACUAAUAGGUUCGUGAAAUGGUAGCCAAUGCUAGAGUAAAUUAAUUGUGGCCCCAUACGUACUAAAUGAAAACAUAUAAUUGAGAACAUACACUCGUAGAACACCAUUUGAUACAGCCUUCAGCCUCCUUUUUUACCUGUCAUUUCUUUUGUUUUCAAUGAAUUUUAAGCUCGUGUCAUCUUCUAACAAUAUGGAUGUAUAAUGUAGAUAUGCAUGUCCAUCCUUGUUGACAGCAUUUCAAUUGGGGCCACUAGGAUUUGAGGCAUUGGACAAUGCUGUCCAGCCAAUCACUUAUCUAACAUUGAAGUGAUAUCUUAUUUAUUGAGUUGUUAUCAACACAUGUUUAUUAGUAUACGGAGUAGGGCCAUCAUUUGAAGUCACAUUACAUAAAAAAAGCAUUUUAGAUAAUGGUAGCACAUACUGGAAUGUAUUUGACCCCAGUUGAUCUAUAUUUAUUGUGCACAGCAACUGCAUUGCAAUGGAUUAAUUCGGUUUUCAAAUAACACAAGCUGAUUAAGCCAUAUUGUUCUUGGUGGAGUUUGCUCUGGGUACGAACCAAUCUAUCAAAAAGUUUUGUUUUGCGCGGUUUAAUUCCUUGCAGAUUACUUCCCAAAUUGACCAGAAGUUGAUUAAAGCAAAUUUCAAUAGAUCAGAUUAAUGGCAUAUAAUUUUCAUUGGUUCAGACAAAAAUAGACGAUUCUUCCAUCAUUCCUACACCAAAAAUUUAAUUUAAAAUGUACACACCUUCCAGAAAAGUGUCGCAACUUAUUCUUUUACUGUUUCGGCCCGUCUUUUUGUAAAUGACAAAUGUGCUGUAGUAAAUUAUUUGGUCAAUUUUUUCUUCAUUAUCACAGCUUGCUUGGGAUGUCCAUUUUGUGUUGGAAUCUUUUUGGUGGUGGCCAAGACGUGUUUUUAUGGCAGCUGUUAUCUAUUUUACAGUAGUUGUCGAACAGUAUGAAUUAAUUGGCCCUCAUUUUCGUAUUUCUUCCAUAUGCAUCCCUAAGGUACAACAUGCCUAUGCUGCUGUUUACUCCAACUUUGUGAAAUAAGAAAAUCGAAACUUGAUUUAGUUUUCAGCAGCAUUUAUUCUUUAGGCAUGUUAAUAGAAUACGAAGGCAUUCCAUUGUUUUUGUUUUAGGUUUUCAGGUUUUGAGAUAUGUAGAGUCUUGGGUGUUAAUAGAUGCCCUGGGAAGAUUUGAGUAUGUGCAACUUUCUUAUAUAUGUUUAGCCCUGUCAGACCCAUCCUUUGAUUUGUCAGUUUGAUAAACUUCGCAUGUGCGGUGGUAAAAUAUAUCUAAUGUUAAAUAUGUUGGCAGGUAUUGGAAGCAUUUGGUUCAUGGCUUCGGUUGAGCAAGGGGUCAGUACAUCUUAUCCGAACUUACCUCAGCUUUUGUCCUUUUGUCCUUUUUCAUCAUACGGGACUUAACCAGGACAUUUUUCAUGCCUUUAACAUGAAAUAGUCUCAGCUUCAAUAAAAUAAAUGAGAGGAAAUAUGUUUGCUUGUUUAAGUAGAAUAUAAUACCGUUUGUUUAUGACUACACAUUUGAUAGCAGUGUUGUUACAUUAAGAAAAUACGUCUAAAACUUCCUAUGUGUGUUAUUCUGAGAAAACAGCUAUGACCCGUUAUUUUUUUAAUGCUGCUGUGUUACAGGAUUCCUGCAUCCACGCUUGCAUCCCACCCUUUAGUCCACGAAGCCCUUCAUGCACUAAAGUCUGAGCAGCUUUUGGAGCCAGCAGUAAAUGGUAAUCGGAAGAAAAUUUCUAUAUAUUCACAUGAUUCUUUUCUGAUUUUAAUUAAGAUAUUUGAUGCAACUUUAAGUAACAUUCGGUACAUAUUGUGCUUUGUUGGAUCCUCGUCAGGCGAAGAGAAAUGUAUAAAAUAAACCUCAGCCAUCACUCUUGAAAUUUCGAAUAUGCUGUCUCACAUAAUUCUUUAAUUCUUCUCUGCCGUUCCUUCUAGUGUUUAUGUCAUUUUCCUUCUCCCCGUGACCCUUUAAAAAAUAAAAUUCGUAGCAAUAAUUUUGCUAUAUUUUAUUGAACUUUGUUCUAUCGUUGACCUUCUUUUCCCCUCCUUUUCAGUUGUAUCUGAACUAAUACACUUCACUGCAUCACGAAACACUGGUGGGUUAUCUGCACAGAUCCCGUUGAUUCAUGUACUUGUGCCUCAUGUUAUGGAUCUGAUGGAGCAGCUGCGGGAUACUUCCAAGGUACCGAACUGCAGAAUUUGCUGUCUGAAUUCUUUAUUUGUGCUUCAUUCUUAGAUAGGUCGCUUGUUGUAUGCCAUAGAUAAUUAGUAUCUGGGCAAGUCCCUUAUAUGGAGCGUGAUCCUGGUCUUUUUGUCUGGCUUACCGAGGGGCUAUGGCCAAUGAUUGAGUGGUUGUCGUGGCUGGCAGCUGCUGCUAUUGGCCAUAGAGUGGGGGGCUCUUCUUCAUCCGUUUUCGUCCUAUUUUCCUGUUUUGUUGCUCUCCUUUCUUUUUGUCCCUUCUUUUUUUUCGGUUCCAUCCGUAGUGGAAUUUCUAUCUCAAAACGUCCAACUUCUUACAUAAUGGUGUUUCGACUCUACUAUUACUAAUUUUUUAUGGUGUUUUUCUGUUUUAUCAAACUAAUGGGAGUCCAUGGAUACCUGCACAUGACAACAGUAGUCACUGGAGUACGAAUAAAUAUUUAGUUGAUAUUUAUGUUGAUGCAGCACCCGACUGUUUUGAGGGUAAUGAUCCUUUUUCCUAGAUAGAGGAUUGUGCGCACAAAUAUGUAUCAAAUGAGUGCCUGUUUACGGCUGGACAGUGGGAUAUCCACAGAUGAAGUUGCGUUACCAGUAGCUCUAUGGUCAUAUGAACUGGCCAUAAAUCCUUUGGUUUAUAUAAUAAAAUAAUAAACUUGCUAUUUGUUUAUUGAUUUUCAUUAUAACACAUCAUUGAGCAGGCUUCCAAUAUUUUCAGUGAUGCUUUAAACGCAUCAUUCAUUGCAUACCUUCUGGGAGCUUUAGUAUUUUCUUAGAUAGAUAUCUUUUAGAAAAUGAUGGGGCAGAAGAAAAUUUCAACCUUACGAUUAACAUGUUCUGUCUUCAUGCUAUCUCCUUUCGAAACACAAUUAUGAUAAUAUCUCUCUAGUAGUCUUAUUUUUUUGAAUUAUUAUGUGUUUUAUCAGGGUGACGAAGAUAUAAAGGCCAUUGCUCGUUUAUUUGCGGAUAUGGGGGAUUCAUAUGUAGAGCUAAUUGCAACUGGUAACUUUGCGCUUGCGGAAGACUGCCUUUUUUAAUUUUACCUUUAUGUCAGUGUUUAAAAGAGAUGCUUUUCAGGUUCCAAUGAAUCUAUGCUAAUUGUACGAGCAUUACUUGAGGUUGCAUCACAUCAAGAAUAUGACAUUUCUUCUAUGACAUACAACUUCUGGCAUCACCUCCAGGUUAACUUGACUAAAAGGUGAUCAUUUCACAGUAACAUACAAACCUGUUUUCUUCGACCUGGAUUGUAACAGUCAUUCUGAAUGCUUCAGUGAUUCCUAUUCAUCAUUUGGAUCUGAAGCACUAGCAGAAGCAGAGAAGAACCGAAGAAUUCAAGCCUUCUGCCCAGCAUUUGAACACCUUGUCUCACUGGUGAGUUUUCAUCUCAGAAGGCUUCUAGUUUUGCCAUGGCUGCUCGAUUGCGUCUUGUGACAUCCAUUUUAGCUGAUGGAUUAGGGAAGGCACAUACGACUGUUCUGUUGGUUUGCUCAAUUUCUCUCUAGCUAUGGAGAUGUGAGAUUUCAAAUUCUGUCUCUGGUGCAGAUUAUUUCUCGGGUUCAAUAUCCAGAAAAUCAUCAGGAGCUCUCAAAAGAGGAUCUGAAGGAUUUUAAGCACAGUAGAUAUGGUAAUUAUGACAUUCAAUGUUGACUAAAAAUCUCGUCUUUUUCAUAGCUUGAUUUACUGUUGAUUUUUCGGCUCCCCAUUUGAUAAGCGUUUAUCAAAGCUUCUAUCUAGAAUUCAAAUAGUCAUUGAUGUAUUUUCGAGGUUUCGUUACUAUUUAUUUUUUGCUAUUUCAAACCCAGCAUUUCGGAGGUGUUUCGCAUUCGUUGUUUUAUAAUAAAAGCGCUUAGCUUUGGCAUCUCUUGGAGUUACUCGUUUCUCAGUUUGAAACGGGUUUAAUUAGAUCCCUAAACGGAGUAGAAUUAUGCAAUCCCUACUUAGAAGUGUUUUCUUAAAUAUGUGGGUACGCAUUUUCAUAUUUAAUUUAUUUUUCUUUGACAUUAGAUCAGUGUGUUCUGCUGCAAAAAAUGGUUCAUAUCUCACAUGCUUUUAUUUAUUCCUGAUGAGUUCUGACAUCUGAAUCUUUGGCAUGCUGAUUGGUCGUCACAAUGCUAGCUGCGAGUGAUGUGCUAACAGAUGCAACUGCCGUUUUAGGAGCUGAAGCAGUACUAAAGAUUGUCUUCUUAAAAUUUAUGCAGGUGAUGGUAAAAUACCUCGGAAAUAAUUUUUUCUUGUUUUUUCUGCACUUAUGCCUGGUGUAUAUGUAAAGUACUCUGGACAUAUAUAUUACGCAAACCAUACAGGGAUAAACAGUCGGGAAAAAUCUCUUCUAUUAAUCAAAUCAUAGAACAAUCGCUAGUUAUAUGCAAUUACCCCGGCCGCAGAAAAAAGGAAGAUACCUAGGUUAAGGAAACUGAUCAACUUGGAAACUGACAAACUAGGAGACUUCUCUCAACUAGGAAAUUAACACCUAAUUACUCCUUUUUCCUACAAUUCCCCUCAAGAUGGUAAAUAGGCAUUCUCCAUUCCCAAUCCAAUACAUGGAAUUGGUCUAGUAUGAGUUAUUGAUUCUCAUUGGCCAAACAAUUCAACUGAUAUCAAUAGAAGCUAACAUUUAGAUAAAAUGGUAGAUUUCGACUGGGUCUAGUGUGAGUUGUUGAUUCUCAUUGGCCAGAAAGUUCAAAUGAUAUCAAUAGAAACUAACAUAUAGAUAAAAAAUUAGAGGUUUAAACACCCAAACGGAGCAUAAAUAUCAUGCAUACUUGUUUGAUUUCAAUACGGUUGCAAUUUGGGUAAACAUAUGGUGAACGCAUUGACUACUUAGGAGACAUACUAAAAUUCUUGUAAAUCCUUCUUCUCCUUGAUAAACUUUCGAUUUGUAUCAUGAAUUAGGCUGUUAUUUGUACUUCUACUGACUUAUUUGUAUGACACACGUUUAGAAGGAAGAUGGAUUUUGAUUUCAAUGUCUCAUAUAAACAUUAUUAAUCAGAAAUGUUCAAUUAGACAGUGUUAUGACAUUGUACUAAGCUUCUACAUUUGACUGCACAAGUUUCUUGCUCACCAUGUGAUUAAAACACAUCACAUACUUUCUUUGAUCUAUAAUCCGUUUAUUUGAUUUAUCAAUUUUAAUACUGUAAAAGUACUUUAAAUUAUUAAGACGACUUAAAAUUUCUUGGCAAGUUUGAUCUUACUAUUACCUAUGAUCCAUAUAGACAAUGAGAAGGUUUAGUUUUCAAUUUUGUUUAUUUGUAACUAAGGUAUGGUCAUCUUAAACCUAUUAAAAUGGACUAUUUUGGAUAAUAUGAGGUUUUCCUCCAUCAGUAUGCUUUUCUUUAGCGUAUGUAUCCAUUAGGACAAUUUAUACAGACUUCGUAUGAUAGAUCCCCAUUCCAAAAGACAUUCCUCGCUUGAAUUUAUUGAUGCAAGGUAGUAAGUGAAAAAAGACAACCCCAUUUGCAUUAAUUUUGAAAAAUUUGCUUGAUAGUCGAGACACUGGUUUCAUGUAAACCCUCUUGCCAUAAGUCUUGCCUUGAACUUGUCAAUAAUACAAUGUGGUAGUUUCUUGUUUGUGAGUAGGAGGCAAUAAGCUUCUUCCCUUGAAGAAAUUUUAUCAGUUUCUAAUUUUUACUUUUUCGCAGAGCUCUCUAUUUUCCCAUUUAUUACAUGCAACCACUUAGUAUUCUUUAUAGUUUUUAGAAAUAGAUCAGAAAAUGAAGUAUACAUAAAUGAAAGGUAUGAUAGUAAAAGAUGCGUAUAAAAACUGUACUUGGAUAUAAGAUAUUGGUCCAAGUUCUACAUUUAUGAGCGUAAUAGAGGAAUUUGUUUCUUCUUUAUUACAAGAGGAGAUAGCAUUUUCUUACUAGGGGUUUUAAGUAGGAUAAGCUCUUAUAUUUUUCCUCAUAGAGUUCAUAGAGUUGGUCAUCAAUGAUUUUUCCUUGAGAUCACUAUGUAAUUUGUCGCUGAGAUUUUUAAUGUGGUUCGUUUGCUGCAUGAGUCUUAAUUAAGUAUGAUUAUAAGAUGGGAUGACACAAGAGUCGAGUAUCUUCCUGACUGGGAGACUCUCCCUACAAAUGGCCUAUUAUGGAAUAAUAGUACUACUCGAUUUUAAUAAAGGUGACAUCUUUACACUUCUUUCCUACUUGUGAGUGAAGAUAUUCAUACCCUAUGAAAAGAGGAGAGUGUCUAAGAAGGAUAUACUUUUUUAAUCUUAAUAUCAAGUUUGGAAUAUCCAAGUUGAAGAUUGGUACGACUCCUUCCUCUAGCUGCAAGAGAAGGAACUGGAUAUGUAUUCAGCUGGAUCAGUCAAUAAACAGGGUUCCGCAGAACCCUAACAGAACUUGGGAUGUAGUUUGAGAGGCUUCCCCUUCCCUCCACAGCUCGACCAAGCCCUAGAGUCCUGUUCACCAAAAAGAUCUCCCCCUUGUAUGUUCGAGUGUCCUUAAUAACCUACCCAUACAAUGAUCUAUCUGCCUUCGGUUAUAUGUCUUCAUCGGAACCUUAUCAAAGACAUUGAAAGAUAUAUAUAUAUAUAUAUAUAUAUAUAUAUAUAUAUAUGUAUAUAUGUAUAUCGAGAGAGAGAGAGAGAGAGAGAGGACCAAAGGGUCCCCAAAUUACUAGGGAAAAGACCAAAAAAACCAGUUGCGUUACAAAGUCCAUGUACUCGAAGGACCAAAAUGCCCCUCGAGUACACAGUUCAAAUUAAAUCUUAUAACAAUAGGCUACUGUCGAUUCACCUGUUUUUUAUGCUCAGCUAUUUCCUUUGAUGGAAGAGUACAAGGGUGUGGAUUCUCAUGCAUAGCGCUUUCAGUUUUCAGAAAAAUAUGCAGCUAUUUAUCUAUAUAUUCCUUGCCAUUACGGAUUUCGUAUUGAUUUUUGUUCAUUCUGCGAAGAUACAGAUGUUUGUGAGGAACCUCCCUGUUUAUCUUCACCGAAUAAAUCAUGGUAUACUGAAUAAAGUCAUCAACGAAGUAAAAUAUUGAAAAUUAUCCAGUAACAGUUGGGAAAAUCUCCACACAGUGGAAUGAACAAGAUGAUCAGAAUAGGAACUAUUGAUAUUAGUUAAGGAGAACGAGUUCCUGCAAUAUUUAUAAGUGGGACAAGCAUAACUUUUAAGAGAUUCCAGGAUAGAGAUGUUACAGAUAUUUCUCAGUGAUUUGGACUUGGUAUCACAAGUGAUUCUUUAACUCUUAAAGCUCGACUGUACUCCAAGUGAGAGAUAGUAGAGUCUUGGUUCACAACCACUCCCAUUGCCUCAUCUACAGGGUUCAAAAGAUAGAAUAAUGUCGAAAGAAUUUAAAGUGUUGGGCGCUUUAAUGAUUCUUUCAGAUUACUUAGAAAGAGUAUGUUCAUGCAGAGAUAAAGAAUUUGAAGAGUAGGGGACAAGGCCACCGUUUAUCAAGAUAAAAAAUGGCCAUGUUGCCAAAUUUUUCUUGAUAGUCAUGUGCACAGUUGCUUUUCCUCACCCAAAACUCAAGGAUAUGAGAUAAAAUUCGUGUCAUCAGGUCUUAUGUUUCAAUAACUCUAGAGAAACUGCUUGAGUUGUUAGUGACUUUUAAUCCGGUUCCAAUUAGAUAUUGACUGCAUAGAUGUAAAUGUAGCGAUAUCUGGUCAUUAAAAGAUCUUCUAUAUUUCUUGCAAUUCCCUAUGUGAGAAUUUUUUUUGUGAGUAGUAUCGCCUCCUUGAAUAAAGAAACAAUGGGCCCUGGCGUCGGUGUGCUGCCUAUGAGCAAGGCCACAUGUCUUCUUGCAGAAUGAUCGUUUUCUUUUCUUAGAUUUAUCAUACUUCUUAAGGUGUUUCAUAACUAUUCGUAUUAUAUGAAAGAAACAAUGUCUAGUGCAGAAAUACCAAAGAUAAAGCACAGUAAAAGAACCCAGAACAGAUGGAGGGUCACAUACAACCUUCCAACCCUUUCUCGUAGAUGCACAAGAUACUAACACCGAUUUUUCUUCCCCGUCUCCAUCCUGAUCCGCCCAUCCUUAUAUCCUCUCCUUUCCCUCUCUUAUUUUAGCUGUUAGUCUCCUGCCAUAAUUGCUCUUCCACAACCGCCCUUUGCCAUUACUGUUCCUUGUCAUAACUGUGCCUUCCCUCAACCAUGCUAACUGUUAUUGACUUAUUGGGCUUUGGGCCUUCUUCCUUUUAGCAUGUGUGUGUGGAGCCUUAUCACAGGGCCAUAUGUCUUCUUGUAGAAUGGUCGUUUUCUUUUCUUGGACUUAUCAUACUUAUUAAUGUAUUUCAUCUUCUACUAUUUUCUCGCCACAAUGACUGUGGAGUCAUAUACUCUUUCCUUAUUCCUUGUUGACCAUAUUUCCUCAGUUGAAGUUGGGGCAUGAUUUUCUGAACAAGGACUGAUGAUUCCACUCAAAAAUUCCUUUUGCCUUCUUCACCAAGGACCUUAGAGAAAUCCUCUUGAAGGAUGGUAGGCCAUCCUUUGCAAGAAUCUUACUCUUCAAACUGUGAAUUCUGGAUUUAAUCUACCAUGUAACUGAAGUUUCUGCUUUUCUGUAUGUAGUGUAGAUGCUGCUUGUGGUAAGCCAUUGAAUCCCAAUUAGAAACUGCAAAACAAUCAAGGUCUUCCUAUUUACCUUUCAUUAUCCAAAAGUAUGUAAUCACAGGAAUACUACAUCAAUUGACGAAUAUCCAGUCUGAGGCUAGGUGAUGCAAGAAGUCGAAUUCUGAUGUUUUUGAAACCACUUGAUACACAUAUUUUCACCCAAUGCCUCACAACCAGGGGGAUGGUGUUUACGGCCAGAUUAUGAGAAAGUUUUGUACGGAGCUAUAUGACUGAGCCUAAAUCUCCACAGUGCAGCCCAACCUGGAUGAUGGUAGGAGGAUGACUCUGUAGAUCUGGAUGAUUAUAAAUGAAGGGUUCAGUGAACUUUCUUUGGCUCUGUGGAGCUAAUACACAGACAACCCUGGAACUGAUGUACGAGGAAGAUCAUUUUCUGUCUCCUUAACUGCCAGACAAGGGCAAUUCUUUAUACAGCAUAUAGUCUUAUACAUGUAUUGGGUCCGGUAUAAGUUAUCGGGUUUGAUUGACCCGAUAACUCAACCAAUGCCCUGUUGCAUAAAAGAAUAGGAUGGAACGGUAGAUAACCUCAACUAUACUUCACAGUAAUUCCUCAAUUGUUUGCCUUUGCUUUUUCCUAAGGUGAAUGACCUUUUGUUGAAAAUAAUGUUUGGUAAUAAAUAGUACGCUGCUUUUGGGCUUCAUACCUGUCUUAUUUUAAAGAGUUAGCUUGUUUCUUUUUCUACCUUGUGAUUUUUUUGACGUCUUUUACUUCAAUCUUCUGGUUUUCCUUGAAUCAUCAGGCAGUACCCAGUUGUAGAAAGAAUGUUUGCGAGUGGCAGCCAGUGGAAGCUUCUCUUUACUGUAUGCAGGCUGUGGCUAAGUCUGUUCCAGUUCUAGAAGGUGAAAUGAUGCCUCAGGUAUAAUGGAGCUCUUCUGGAUCACCCUGUAACACUUGGUAUUAAUUAUGUAUUGGAAUUACAUAUGCCUAUCAUUUUUUGUGGAUUGCUUCAUAAGGUUAAGGAACCUUUUUUUUUCUGUGGAUUGAAUGCCCCAGCUGUUUACGCUCAUGCAUACUUUCUAUGACGGUUUAACCAAUUUUAUUAAAUACGCUGCCCAACUUUUCCUGUUUUGUUAUUCUGUUGUCUUCUUGAUUUUCUUGAUGACCUUGUUUGGAGGAAUUUUUUCUGCUCUUGAACUUAUUAUUAAAUUCUAACGGUUAAAUAACUGUUAGUUCCGCUGUUUGUAUGAAUAGGUUUUCUCAAUUCUCCCGGAGCUUCCUCAUCAACCUCAGCUGCUGCAGACGGGUAAUGUUUUCUCUUCGGGGCUGUCGUUGAUCAAUAUGAUCCAUUUGGCGUGCUGAAUUGGAUGUGCUUUAUUUUCUUCUAGCUGACUGUAAAUAAUCCCAUUGCAAAGUUUUUUAUUAUGAACGCAUAGUGCCCUAUGGAUGCCUAUAUAUGUUUGUGUUUUUGUCUUUAUCUACACACGCAUUUAUCUGAAAUGGGCGCAUGCAGUCAUGGAUGUAUCUACGUCACAAUUCAUAUUUCUAUUCACGGUCAGGUACGUUGGUGCACUGAAAAGUUCAACAGACGUGUCUACACGUAGCCAUGCAUAUACUCGUUGUGUGCAUGUGAUGUGUGUAUUUGUGGGGCACCCCACCAUUUUUUGCAUCUUUUUGUACUCGAUUCACAUUCUCUUAUGACAUUUUUACUUUAGAGUGCUUUUUUCAUCUUAAUUUCAUUUUUUUCCAGUUUGCUCAACAAUUGGAGCUUAUUCAAAAUGGCUCAACGCCUUGCCAUCUGUCCUGCCUUCGUUAGUGGAUAUUCUCACGAGAGGCAUGAGUUCAUCUGAGGAAUCUGCCGCGUCUGCAUCUGUCGCAUUUAAGUACAUAUGUGAAGGUAUAUUCCUUUGCCUCUAUGGUACUUUUUGUUCCAUAUUUUUUUUGGUUUCUUAUCUUUCUGGAAGAAAUUAUCAACAUUGAAAAAUUCUUGUUGACUGGAUAUCUCUACUUUUACUGAAUAUAUAGUACUACUGAUUACAGCAUUUACCUAGGUAAUAUCGUCGCAUCUGUGAAUGUAUCAUAAUGCUGUGUUUUUCAUUUUCUUCUAGACCUCGAUCGUGCCAAGAUUAUUUACUUUCCGCUAGUAGUUCAGGUUUUUUUCUUUGAUAUAGUGCCUCUGCAAUAUAUCUGAAUUCGCGGAUUUCUCCAUGGCCUCAAGAGAUAAAUUUAUAGGCUCAUAUCUUGCCUUCUAGUGUUUGGGACACAGAGACUAUAAGAAAUUAAAGGAAGCUUUGGGAUUCUAAGUCUGAUAAAGGGAAGGUUGAUCUAGCAUGAGCCAGAUUUCUCUGGGUAUGAUUGGCACUUUCGUUUGUGAGAUGAAUAGCCCUUUUUCCAAAUGAAAUCAAUGUUACCACGUGUCAAAGUGUCGUUUUCUGGGGCGGUUUAUAUUUCUCUUCCUGUUUGGUACCAUUCAAAAGUCGAAUAACUUCCCUGAACAUUUCUGAUUCUUGUUUUUUCAGAUUGCCGUGGACAGCUGAGUGGAUCAUUGGACGGUCUCUUCCACAUUUACCAUAUUGCUAUCAGUGGUGAAGGGGGCUUCAAGUUAUCCACUGAUGAUUCUAUGCAGUUGGUUAUAGCUUUGAGGUACUUCAGUUCCAAAAUGAGCAUUUGAAUUUCACCAUUUUACUCUGCUUAACAACUCUUAAAACAUAACACUUAAUUAAUUCCACUUUGAAUCUUGCUCUCAAAUUCAUCAUGGUAGAUUAUAAUCUCAAAUAUCAUCGGAAUUAUUGCCUUUUUCAGUCUAUCAGAUGCUUGGCAUGAAGCUCGAUUUUCAGUACGGUACCUUUUUCUUUAAUAAGACGAUUUUUUUUUUGCUCUUGGCUUAGUAGGCUUUUCAGAAGUAUUUCAAAAAGUACGAAAUUUAAAUUACACAAGAUUUAAAUUUGAAGGAGACGUAAUUCAUGCCUUAACUAGAAUGAGCUAAUGUUUCUGUCACGGAAAGUCAAAGUGGAUUUGUGCUCGUGUGAUCAAUGAUAAAACGUUAUGCACCUAUGAAAGCAGUUAAUGGUGCGGUUAACAUAGAAUGGUAAUAUUUCUUUUAAAGUAGAAAAAAUCUUCACUCAGAUUCUUUUUACUAAUCUGGAAGUCAUUCAGUGGGAUGUAGAAAAAGACUGGCUUGCCCAAUCCUCAUAACGACGUUCUUGAAUGCAUUCAACCAAAACAAUGACGAGGAGACUAUAUGAUGAGUAAAUGCAGCUUGAUAUUGUUCUACCUACCAGCUUGAACCUUGACCAGUCCGAAAUUGAUGGAUCAGGCGCAAAUAUAACAAUGACUGUUUGCUUGAAGGUUUAUGAUCUAUUUCCAAAUGUGUACCAGCAUAUGUCAGGAGAUUGGUUGUUGCCUGAGGUUUAAAUCCACUUCUUAAACCCUUAAAUAAACAGGUGGAUACCCAUUUCUUGAAGGACUUUCUGUGCCUUCCUCCUUGGGAUACCUCCUCGGAUCGUAUCAAAUACCCAUCUGUAAACAGCAAUUGUAACAAAAUGCAUGCAUAAUCUGAAAUUCGUUUACUACAUCUUGAAACCUUUUCUUUUUUUUUUUUUGUAGCGCGCUUAUUUCAGUACUCCCUACAGAGCACGCCAAAAAGGCAGUGGAAUUAUUGUGUCUCCCUGCCGUCGCUCCCUUAGAGGUUUGCCCCAAACACAAGGAACCUCUAAACAAUGUGACUUUCUUAUUGAUCAGACACCCUUUUGUUCUUGCACAAGCAGAAGGUAACCCAUGAAGCCGGGGGAUCCCUGGAGCAAAUCCUCGCGCGCCAUCUCACAGUUCAUAUUGAUAGGCUCGCCUGUAUUUUUAGGUAAACAUAUGCUAAUUAUUCCAUGCCAUUUUUCCAUCAAUAGUACUGGAAAUUGACAAGUUAAAAACUCCCAUCAGGAAUGUGAAUCUCCCUGAAGUUGUGGCAGACACUAUUCAUAGGCUUUGGCCGAUUUUCAAAGCCAUAUUUGACCGGUAAUUCCCCCGCUGCUUGACUCCCUCAUUGUGGAUUCCUUGCUGCUUCCUGUUUAACUCUUUUAUGCGGUCCAAAAAUGUAGUCGGGCCUGGGACAUGAGGACCAUGGAAUCUCUAUGCCGAGCUUGCAAAUAUGCCGUAAGUCAUUACAAUUUAGCUUCAUGCCCUUCCUGUAUUUUCCUUCUUCAUCCCAAGCUUGUAACAAGCAUUUUAUUCUCUUUUGAGAUGAGAAUCUACCUGAUGCACUGAAGGUUGACUUCCCCGUCUAAAAUGCUUAGUAGUUUUGCGUGCUGUGUUCCCGGCCCCUGUGGGACAUUGAUCUCCUCGGCCCAGGUUGAGAUAUCUGUCAGAAUGCGGUAGGAAUAAGCCUGAUCGGUCUCAGCAGAGGUCUACCACCUUUUAGUAGCUAUGUUGGAGGAACAAAAACUGAUUUAAAUCGUGCCUGAUAUUUCAUCCAAAAAUAACUCACGAUGCUAAUGCCAGAGAAUAACUACAACGCAUGAAAUGGAUUGCGGUACUUUCUCUGCAUUCACCCUCUCCGUGUUUUUUUUUUUUUUUUUUUUUUUUUGGCUGAAGCUGAGGACUUCAGGAAGGUACAUGGUAGUCACCAUUGGGGCCAUGCUUGAGGAAGUGCAGGUUUUAUAUCCUCAGCACAACCAGCCAUGCUUCCUCUAUCUUUCAAGCGAAGUUAUAAAGGUGACCACAGGCCACUUGAGUCCUGCCUGACCCUGCGUACUCGUUUGUGGGCUUUUUUGUUUUUUUUUCUUUUCAUACUGUUUAAUCUUCGUUACUAACCAAUGUCUGCUGCUGCCUGGGGCAGAUAUUUGGGUCAGACCCAUCUUGUGCGAGCUACCUCCGGAGCUUGAUCGAGGCGCUCUUCGGUCACACCACGAAGAUUCUCACGUCAAUACAAGUAUUCCUUCAGAAUUUCCAUCUUCUCUUCAAUCCCGGCCAUGGUUGCUCACGCAUAGGUCUUAUGCUGGAAUGGGUUUCAUCUGGCGUUGCAGGAAUUCACAGCAAGACCAGACUUGGCCGACGACUGUUACCUACUGGCAUCGAGAUGCAUCCGAUAUUGCCCCGAUUUGUUCGUCCCUUCUUCCAUUUUUGCGUCACUAAUCGAAUGCUCGAUGGUCGGGGCGACAAUACAGCACAGGUAAUCCCCAUUUCUUCUCCUCCUCGUCGUUGUCGUAGUCUCCUUCUUAAGAAUGCCCUCUGCAGGAUGGUUUUCAAGCUGUUCUGCUCUCCUAGCUCGAUGGCCGAAGCUAUGACUAUGAGAAAUAUCAUCAGUCUGCCUGUUCCUUGUCUGCUGGGGAAUUUUCUGCUUUAUCAGCGCGUCAAUGGUCAUCAUCAUCAUGCUAACCAACAUCUUGACCUUGUUUUCUCUGCGCAGGGACGCCUGCAAAUCCAUAUUGACCUUCUUGUCGGACGUUUUUGACCUCGCCAACUCUCCCGCCGGAGUAAAAUACCGCCCGAUCAUCGACAGCGUCGUGCUCUCCCGCGGCGCGACGUUGACCAGAAUCUUGAUCGCCUCCAUGGCGGGGGCGCUUCCUCCUUCCCGGCUCGAAGAGGUAAUCCGUCAGCCGUCUCCGGACUGGAAUCUGGCUCCUCCCUGAUUCGCCGUCCUCUUGCAGGUAACCUACGUCUUGCUGGCGUUGACCAGGGCGUACGGUGCGAAGGUGUUGGGGUGGGCGAAGGAGAGCGUCGCGCUGAUACCGGCGGCGGCGCUGACCGAGGCCGAGUGCUCCAGAUUCCUGGAGACCCUCUCGGAGGCGGCGGCGGCGGGUUCGAACAUCGCCGCCUUGACGGAGACCCUCGAGGAGCUCUCCGAGGUCUGCCGCCGCAACAGGAUGGUUCAGGAGAUCAUCCAGGGGGCCUUGAGGCCUCUCGACCUGACCUUCGCGGCGGUCUCCUCCUGA